UGUUUUAAGACUUGAAUCGAUUACUUGGGCUUUCUCAGUCAAAAACUCCAUCCAUUGUUCGUUUCACUCACACACUCCAAUUGAAAUCUGAAAUUUCGUAUUUUCUCUCUCCUCUUCCUCUUCCUCGUGCUCGUGCUCGAAUUGCAGAAGCUCGUUCCAGAUAACAGGAUAUUGAUCAAGAUCAGCUCUGUUUGCAAUUACCAGGAGGCAACUUUUGUUAUUGAGAAGAAUUUAUCUUGCUUUCCUUAAUUCUCUUUUGAAAUAUGCAUCUCAUUAGGCAUUUAAGAAACAUACAUGUAAAGCGUAUCUUUCAAGAAAAAUAUGUCCUUUCUCAAGUUCGCUGUCUCCAAACCGACAUAGCUCAGAAGACCAAGCCUAAGAAGUACAAGUAUCCCUCCGUCUAUGAGCCAUAUGGGACGAGACCACCACCCUCAGAAAAAGUCUCUCUGCUGGCCGAACAAAUUGUAACCCUAACUGCAGAAGAACGGGCUCAAAUUGGUCCAGCACUAAGAGAGAUACUCAAACAUCCCGAGUUAGAGAAGAUUUCAACAGAAGGGUUAGACUUGGGUGCCCCAGCUGGUGGAGCUGCCGCUCAGGCUGAGGAGAAGAAGGAAGAAAGAACGGCAUUUGAUGUGAAGUUGGAGAAGUUUGACACUGCUUCCAAGAUCAAGGUGAUCAAAGAAGUUAGAGCUUUGACCAACCUGGGCUUGAAGGAAGCUAAGGAUCUAGUGGAGAAAGCACCAGUAAUACUUAAACAAGGGGUGACAAAAGAAGAGGCAGCUGGUAUUAUUGAGAAGAUAAAGGCUGCUGGAGGAGCUGCAGUUAUAGAGUGAAAUUAAAUGAAGAAAGAAAGUGGACUCUGAUUUAUGGAUAGUUUUCGAGUUUCUACUGUUUCUCUGCUCCUAAAAGUGUUUCUUGCUAGGAUCCAACUAUCAGGGUAUUUUCACAUGUUACUCCCAAAUCCAAUGGGUGCAAUGAGAUUCUUUAUGAAUUGUUUGCCCAAAAUAAAAUGUCAAAGCAUUUGUGACUGUGUCGGAAUCUUGAGGAUCCGACACGGGUAUUUGGGUGUAAAUGAAGAGUGCGAGUAAUAUAGUAUUUUUCUAGGGCAACAAUUAAUUGAGUUUUGUAGUCUGGAAGUGCUUGUAAUUUUGGUACAAGAGACAGUGAACUUUUGUCAAAAUGAGAAGUGCCAGUUUUGUUUCUAAA